UGUGCGACACGGCCAGGCUCCCCUCCCUUGCGCCGCCGCCUCGCUCUCUCGCUCUCUAUUCGUCGGUCUCUCUCGGUCGCGCUCGGUCUCGGUCGGCCUGUCUCUCUCUCUCUCUCUCGCUCCCUCCGUGGUGUGUCGGUCUUCCCGUGGACUCUGACUCGCUCUCUCCGUGGCUCGCGGCCUCUCGCUCGCGCGGUCUCUCGCUCUUUCUCUUUCUCUCGUUCCCGUGUUCUCCACGCGACUUCCUCAAAUCUUUAUUUCAGGCUCGACCGCGAACUGGUCGAGGCGCGCGGCCCGCUUUUUUACCGUCCGAUACGACGCUUCUAAAUUUGAAUCUUCUACGGAGCAGUGCGAAUCGACGGCUCGCCGCACGUGAAAAAUAUUUUAAGAAAGCCGUGCGUGUUUCUAGUCAUCGUUUCUAGUCAGCCAGAUUAUUCUAACCUAGCUAACCUGAUUUUCUGGGUGAGCUGCGCCUCUCCGUGGAAUCGCUUCUACGACGGGUUUGUUGUGGCACGUUUACGUUAUAAACAGAGAUCCUAGGACCGUGCGAGUGAUUGAACCGAACGGGAAAAAGUAUCGGUAUAUAUUCGUGCAUCUGUACGCGUGUAUAUAUGUGCGUCACGUAUAUCGAAGAGGAACGGGGAUAAGAGAAGAAGAAGAAGAAGAAGAAGAAGAAGAAGAAGAAGAAGAAGAAGAAGAAGAAGAAGGAGGUGGAGAAGACGAAGAAAAAGGGAAACGUGGAAAGAGAAAGAUCGGGAUCAAGAAAAUUUUCUAUCGUCGUCGUCGUCGUCGUCGUCGACUUCGUGUCCGUCGUCGUCGUUGUUGCAACGAAUACGUGUUUGACGAACCGAUGAGAUCCGGCGUGCGAAGUGACGCGUGUUGAUUCAAUCGCCAGAAACGAGUGCAAGUUGACGAGUGCCAAAAGGUUCGUGCGUCUUGUUUCUACGUAACCGUUUUAAACAGAAGUUUUGUUUUGAUCUUAAAGUUGUACAUUUCGCGAGGGUGUUAGUGGGGAGAUAUCGAUCGCGGGACCAUUGACGUCCGUUCUGGAGAACGAGCUUUUCUCCUCGCUCCUUUGACUAGACUAACCUCCCGAUAAUUGUAUUUUCUCACUCGUAGCUACAUACGUACCGUAUAUACGCUAUACGUGAUUCAUAUAUACAUACACACGUACACACGCGUAUAUAUAUACAUAUCAUAUAUAUAUAUAUAUAUAUAUAUAUAUAUAUACACAUAUAUCUACUACACACGCCACAUAUCCUAAACGCGCGCGCGCUCGUUCGCUCGCGUGCUGUGUGCGUGGUGUGUGGUGUGUGUGCGUGCGUGUGUCGUGUGUGGCGCGCGCGCGUGGCUCUGUGUACGUACUCGUCGCGUACACGUACGCGAUAUGUUCGACGCGUGUACGUCGCAUUCUGUGUGUACCUGCACGCCUGAGAAUUAGAUGGUCGUUGGCAAACGAGAAGUUUGAUAAAACGAAAAGAAAAAUAAAAGAAAAAGGAGAGCGUGCCUGUUACCGAGUCAAACUGUUCUGUGACCGAUGGAAGCUGUACCUCGUAUCUCCGGUUCGACGUUCACGGGAACCAAGUGGAUCUUCAAAUAAAUGUAAAGCCGCGCGGACGACGUCGGUAACCUUCAUGAUAAUCUACGGCAUAAUCGACCAGCAGGCAUACCGCGAGACCAGCCUUUUUUCGAGAUAGAUGGAAAUACAUUAGAUCGAGGAGACGUUUCUGGCUGAACUACGUCGUCGAACGAGUGACCGACUGCGAUCCGUCGAUUAACAUUGUGAUUACAACAUCUGUGAGGAGUGCGCGCGAUCUCGCCAUCUUUGUUUUCAUAUCGAUUCAGUGCGCGCAAGAAGAUCGAUCGAUUGGUGAACGGACGUCGAGAUGUUCGACUGAUCGAGUUCGUAUCGAGUCGCGUUUCUAAUAUUCCAUCCAGUGGUUCCGAAGAGCUGUCCCUUCUCCACAACGCCGUGCAAAAAUGGGUCGGAAGAAGAUUCAAAUUUCGCGCAUCACGGACGAACGGAAUCGUCAGGUGACCUUCAACAAACGGAAAUUCGGGGUGAUGAAGAAGGCGUACGAGCUGUCGGUACUCUGCGACUGCGAGAUCGCGCUGAUUAUCUUCAGCUCGAGCAACAAGCUGUAUCAGUAUGCGAGCACCGACAUGGACAAGGUUCUUCUCAAGUACACCGAGUACAACGAACCCCACGAGUCCCUCACCAACAAGAAUAUCAUCGAGGCACUCAACAAGAAGGAACAUAAGGGUGCCAUGUCGCCAGAGAGUCCGGAGCCGGACGCGAUCGAGUACAAUUUGACCCCGCGGACCGAGGCCAAGUACACCAAGAUCGACGAGGAGUUCCAGCUGAUGAUGCAAAGGCACCAGCACAACGGCACCCGGGCAAUGGGGCAGUCUAAUUACACUCUACCUGUGUCCGUACCAGUGAGUAGUUUCGGCGAAUCUCUACUUGGAUCUAGUCCUCAAAUGGCGCAUACCAGCAUUUCUCCGCGGCCGUCGUCUUCUGAAACAGACUCAGUGUAUCCACCUGGAGCGAUGUUGGAAAUGAGCAAUGGCUACCCCCCCUCGGGAUCACCAUUGGGAGGUUCACCUAGUCCGGGACCUUCGCCGGCGUUAGGAGUCGGAGGAGGCAGCGCAAACAAAGGCAGCAAUCCGUCUAGGCAUUCGCCGCAGCCUCCGCCUCCACCCCCGCCGCCUCAUCCUCACAGGACUAAUCUUCGAGUAGUUAUUCCAACACCCCUCACGCAACCCCUUUCCGAUGACACUAGUUACGAUGGCGGCCAUACACAAUCCGCACUGAAUACACCGGUGGUAGCGCUACAAACGCCAUCGGUCCCAGCCGGAUACUCUAGUUUCGGACCAACGGAUUAUUCCUCAGACCUCGGGAGUUUAGCAUGGUCUCAUCAGAGGUACGUUGAUGACUUAUCAAUGUAUUCGGCAGCCACCAUGUCCAGCAUCAGCCUACUGUCCGGUUCCAGCGGUCUUCCUCAUCUGGCCGUGUCGAGUAGUACACCGCCGCCAGCCACCUCUCCGUUGCCGGUGAAGAUAAAAAGCGAGCCGAUCAGUCCGCCGAGGGACCCGCACGGCGGCAACAGCGGCUCGAACAGCAGCGGGCCCAGCACCGGCAGCAGCCUCCAUCACACGACGCUGAACGUCGGACCGUCGUCCAGCACCGGUGGCCCGCCACCGCAUCACGUGCCCCACGGAGGGCCUCAGUCGUUGAACCUGGUGUCCAACCGGCCGAGCAGUAAUCCACCGGCGUCGCACUCGGGCAGCAUAACGCCGACGAAUCUACCGUCGCCGGGCAGCGGCGCGGUGCCGGACCUCAGAACGAGUCACUCGACCACCGGCGGGAACGGCGGCAAUAACUCGGACUACGAGAACGGGCCGCUGAUGAAACGCUCGCGGAUCACCGAGGGCUGGGCGACUUAAUAUUAAAUCAGACGCGGCCACCACGGCUCGCUCGGUGGUUGUUCUCCUUGCGAGAAACCUCCGCGUACAACGGCGUCGUUAGUGCUCGUGAAGCUCUCCAGGACUCGAAGUUCGUAGACUCGUUAUACGGUUUUGCCCACUGGUGAUUUCAUUUUUUUUCCCCGGUGAACGCGUGCGUGCGCGCGCGCCCGCGCGCGUUCCUAGGAACGAUCAGUCGCAGCGGCGGCGGCGGCGGCGGCGUCGGCAACCACCGACUGCAGCGCCGUGUCGUCGCGGCGCGCGUUGCGUCGCAGGGCCGCCGAAUCACGCAGUGGAUGGAAACGGAAAAUUUGUUUAUAUUUUCAAGCCCACGGAAGGAUGAUGCGUUUGUUUGACGAUUUUAACAAAGAAAAAAGCAACAAAAAAACGGUGCCAUAAUGUUGAAGCGUUACACGUAUAUUGUAUGUACAUAUUAUAUAUAUAUAUACAUAUCUAUACACAAUACACACACACGACCCUCUAAUGGAUGCACGCAUAUACGUAUAUAUGUGUAUAUAUAUAUACAUGUACGUAUGCAUAUUUUCAUGUAUAUAAUACGAAGUUGUUUGUAUAUAUGUCAUUAAUUCAUUGUCAUUUUCUUCGUGAUAUGGCAUUGUGUCCUUGGUACUUGUCGCUGCGGCGAAGGUUAUUUUUCCUUCCCGAACGGAAGGAAGCAAACGAAAGAAAUUGACGGGAUGGGAUUGGGUGGGAGGGGAGGGGGGGGGAUAGAUAGAGGGUGUGUGUUUUUCGAGAAUGUUGAAAAGAAUCGCGACCCCGGUAUAGCAAGGUGUUUCGGGAUAAGAGGGUGCAGAAGACAAACCGAAUUUCUUCGAAGAGCUUGCGAACCACAUCUAUAAUUUUUAUGGUAGGGAUUUUACCGAUAAUUGUACUUCGUUACUUGUUUCUUUUUCUGUUUGCGCGUUGUGGUAGGUAGAGACGAGUCCGCGGCAUGAUCCGUUAAUUGACAUUUACGCAAAAAAAUGCCAAUGGAAACGAUGAACAUAAUUUCUUUGAAUCGAAUGCCUAGUCAGAAAAUAAUGAUAUUCGAU